AUGGCUGAUGCUGGUCUGAUAUUUGCAUUUGUUAAAAGAUGGCACAGGGAGACUAACUCAUUUCAUUUGCCUUUUGGAGAGAUGUUUAUCUUGUUAGACGACGUCGCGACUCUUCUUCACAUCUCACCCCAUGGUAAAUUUUUUGAUGCAUCUGUGAAUAUGAACACUAAUAAUGCUGCAAUAGUUGCACAUGAAUACUUAGGUGCAACAUGGGAGAAAACACUAGUUGAGAUUAAUUAUAAUAAAUGUCCCCAAUAUAGAUUGCAAUGGUUGUGUGAUUUAUAUAGUCGUCUCAUUCGAACAAACCAAUUUGAGUGUGCGACUAGAACGUAUAUGUUGCAUUUAGUUGACAGCCCUAUUUUCGCCGAUAAAACACAUACGCGUGUGGAGGCGAAAUACAUUAGUUUAUUUAUUGAUUUAGAUCGUUGUCAGGAAUAUUCGUGGGCUACCGCGAUAUUGGUUUUCCUUUAUGACAAUUUGGGAGAUGGAGCUGUCCACGACACUCGACAGUUGGGAGGCGGAUUGAUGACAUAUCAUCGGAGAAUUGACGCCUUGUUGCUCAAGGAUGUAGUGUUUACACCAUAUGAUGAUGAUCGAGCUAAUCAUCCAUUUGUAUCGAUUUUGACAUUCUCUGAAUACCUUCGAUGUGGUGGAGUAUCAGUCCCAUAUUUGCCGGAGCGGUGUCUUCGACAGUUUGGUCGUAUUCAGUGUGAUGUUCCUCCGGUCACUGCAGACUACUAUGCAUGGUACAUAAGUGUUUCACAUCCUUUGAUCCUCCCCCCAUCUACUGUUGCACCUUCGAGUCGACCUACUGUUGUAGCACAUGGUCCAUCAUCUUCUGUACAUGCUGGUCCAUCAUCGACACAAGACCGUAGAGCAGCUGAGCUUGUACGUAGGGCCAUAAAUUUGGUAGCUCCAUUUAGUGAACUUCAUGACAUAUUACAUGAGUUAAGCCUAUUGUACGACGAUUAG